UCAGGCCAGCCAAGGAUCACUGACCGGGAGGGGUGGAGGCUGCUUGCUACACGCAGGGUGGGCUGGGCUGGGAAUGCAGGAGGCAGGGCUAUUUAAACUGAGUCCUGAGGGCUGGCUGACAACCCAGCAGCCUGUCCUGUGAGCCACUGCCAUGGAUGACAUCUACAAGGCCGCGGUAGAGCAGCUGACAGAAGAGCAGAAAAAUGAAUUCAAGGCAGCCUUUGACAUCUUUGUGCUGGGCGCCGAGGAUGGCUGCAUCAGCACCAAGGAGCUGGGCAAGGUGAUGAGGAUGCUGGGCCAGAACCCCACGCCCGAGGAGCUGCAGGAGAUGAUCGAUGAGGUGGAUGAGGAUGGCAGCGGCACGGUGGACUUUGAUGAGUUCCUGGUCAUGAUGGUUCGGUGCAUGAAGGACGACAGCAAAGGGAAAUCUGAGGAGGAGCUGUCGGACCUCUUUCGCAUGUUUGACAAAAAUGCUGAUGGCUACAUCGACCUGGAGGAGCUGAAGAUGAUGCUGCAGGCUACAGGUGAGACCAUCACGGAGGACGAUAUUGAGGAGCUUAUGAAGGAUGGCGACAAGAAUAACGAUGGCCGCAUCGACUAUGAUGAGUUCCUGGAGUUCAUGAAGGGUGUGGAAUAGACACUGAUCUCCCAGAGCUGCCCAGGCCCAGGCUUCCAUUCCAGCCAGGCCCAGGGGUGGGUGCAGGGGAUGGGGGUCCCCAGGCCCUGAGCCCGGAUGUGUCCUUGGUCCCUGACCCUCCUUGGCUCCCUCCCUCACCCCUGUCCUGGGAAGUACAAAUAAAGCUGUGCUCCCGGCA